CGCUCGGGUCUCAGACGCGUCGCUUGCCCAAACCACUGAAUUCCUUUUUCGUAUUUCAAAUUGCCCCGUUAAUAACAUCUUCGAUUUUUAAAUCAUUGUCAUGUGUUUUGUUUUUAAAAUUCGAAGGUCCAAAGACAACUUUUACAGAAGUUUGUUUUAAAAGUUUUUCUUAUUUUCGGCCUGCACUUUGGAAAUGUUUUGUGAUUACUUUGUUAUGUUUGUUCGGUUUUGUGGUUAUUGUUUAGUGUUUGGUUUUUAGUUCUUGAUUACAAUCGCUUGAAAUUGAAAUAUAUUUUGCGGUGUCUUGUGGAGUGAAUCUGGAGUUAACUUUGAAAACAGUGUUUUGUGACCAUUAACAACUUUUUGGGCGCAAUGAAGCUCUUUUGGAAAGUUUUGUGCUCUCUGCUUUUGCUGAUCGAGGCAGUUAUGGGGAGUUGGUGGAACCUGGCAAUGGCAAGGAACCCCGCACAAGCGAACUCCACAACUGGAACCCUCGUGGUGUUACACAAAGACAGCUGUCAUCGGCUGGAGUACCUCGUGGAGAGGCAGAAACAACUGUGUAUGCUCUCCGAUAAGAUGAUUCAGGUGCUUCAAACCGGAGCCCAGCAAGCGAUAGAAGAAUGUCAGCACCAGUUCCGGCACAGCAGGUGGAACUGCAGCACCACCACAGCUGAGAACUCCACUGAUAUAUUCGGUGGAGUACUUAAAUACAAAUCUCGAGAAGCAGCAUUUGUCCAUGCACUAUCUGCUGCGGCAUUGGCUCAUACUGUCGCGAGGGCUUGCAGUCGUGGCGAGCUGAACGAGUGCUCCUGCGACGUACGUGUGAGGAAGAGGACGCCCAGGCAUUGGCAAUGGGGAGGAUGCUCUGAGGAUAUAAGAUACGGUGAGAUGUACAGCCGGGACUUCGUGGAUUCAAAAGAAGACAAGAAUACUGAUGAGGGUUUGAUGAACUUGCAUAACCAUGAAGCUGGUCGAAGGGCUGUGCGCAGUCGCAUGCAACGGGUCUGCAAAUGCCACGGCAUGUCUGGCUCGUGCUCCGUCCGCGUCUGCUGGAGAAGGCUGCCUCAGCUCAGGGUCGUCGGAGAUGCCCUCGUCACCAGAUACGAGGGGGCAUCGCAUGUCAAGGUCGGUAUUGUGGAAAGAAAACGUGGGAAGAACAUAAGGAAACUGCGACCAUUGCAUCCCGACAUGAAGAAACCUAACAAAACUGAUUUGGUGUAUUUAGAAGAUUCUCCGGAUUAUUGCGAACCAAACGAUGAAAUUGGAAUUUUAGGCACUCGGGGUCGAACCUGCAACAGAACUUCUGCCGGUCUCGACGGCUGCAGGCUGCUGUGCUGCGGCCGCGGUUAUCAAACCCGAGUCAGGGACCACGAGGAGAAGUGCCAAUGUAAGUUCGUCUGGUGCUGUAAGGUACACUGCGAGAUCUGCCGGUACAAGAAAGACCACCACGUCUGUAAUUAGUUUAACUUAUAUCUUCACUUAAUUCAUCAGAUUUGUCCAGUGUGCAUGUGAACGAUUUAGUAGUUUCAAUGCUAUGCCGUUUUCUAUACUCGUUUGAGCUAAAGGUUAAAUUUAAUUCAUUUUUAACUGGAUUGGUAAGGAAAUUUAUUGUCACCUCAUAAAAUAAAGAGGCUAUUAAAAAUUCUUUGGUUCAGAGUUUCUUAAUCGAAUUCUUGAGUGAUUGUAUUUUAUACUCUUGCCAAUAUGUUUGUAAAUCAAAUUAAUCUUUAACUUUCUUAGUUUUAAAUCUUUAUUUAUAUUUAGGUAUUUUACUUUUCGAUUUCAUUGUUAUCAUUCUUUAAAAUUUCUUUCA